UUCUUACAACGUGUGAGAAUCGAGUAGACGUCAUUUAUUCAUUAGAUACAGUAGAUGCAUUGUAUGUCUUUCUAAAUUCAAUAAUAAUUUGGUGAUCAGUUUUCUUAUUUAAAAAAAAAAUACAAAAACAUGACGGAAGAAGAAACAAUUUUUGAUCCGGCUUUAGUCAAAAAGAAAAAGAAGAAGAAGACGCCUUUCGAUUUGGAUGCGGCUCUAGGUGAAAGCAACGCUGAUAACAUGGAAAAGGAAGAUGGCAAGGAGAAUGACGGUGGCGCAAAUGAAUUCGAUGAAAAUUUAGAUCUUGAAAACUUCGGUAAAAAGAAGAAAAAGAAGAAGAAGCCAUUCAAUCUGGAUGAAUUGGAGAACAAUCUGCCAUCUGUUGAUGGUGAUGAUAAGAAGGAGGAUGCAGUCAAUGAUGCUGUUGGUGAAGAGGGUGGCAACGUCGAAAAUGAUUAUGAUGUCGAUUUGGACUUUUCGAAAACUAAAAAGAAGAAGAAAAAGAAGAAGGAACUUGACGAAUUGGUUGCCGAGAAAACUGAGGAACAACAACAAGUUUUAUCCGAAAAUGUUGAAGAAAGCAGCACAUCAUGGUUUGGUUCAGAUCGAGAUUACACUUACGAUGAACUGCUAAAACGUGUCUUUGAAAUUAUUCUGGACAAAAACCCAGACAUGGCAGCUGGUCGUAAGCCGAAAUUCGUCAUGAGACCGCCUCAAGUUUUGCGCGUUGGAACAAAAAAGACAUCAUUUGCAAACUUCACAGAUAUUUGCAAAACGUUGCAUCGUCAACCGAAACAUUUAUUGGAUUUCUUGCUAGCUGAAUUGGGUACUAGUGGUUCAAUGGACGGCAACCAGCAGUUGAUUAUCAAAGGUCGAUUUCAAUCGAAACAGAUUGAAAACGUAUUGAGAAGAUACAUCAAAGAAUAUGUUACGUGUCACACCUGCCGCUCCCCCGAAACCAUUUUACAGAAAGAUACGCGUCUAUUCUUCUUGCAAUGUGAAUCAUGUGGUUCACGAUGUUCGGUGGCUAGUAUUAAGUCUGGUUUCCAAGCUGUCACCAGCAAACGUGCCGCCAUUCGUGCGAAAACAGCUUAGACACGUUUUUACUUUCAAUUUAAAUAAAAAGAAACAAAGCAUGUAAUCGGAAAUCUGAAUUAAAAGCUAAUAUGAUAAA